AUGGCGUCUUAUCCUGCUUCUGCCUCCGCCCUUAGCCGCUGCGCCGCCGUUCUAAUCCUCUUCUUCCUGAACAACGCAUGGUACGCCGAGUGCUACGCUGCCGCGAGGAAGACCCCCACCCGCCACCCUCUCUCCCUUGACUUCUAUGCCAAGACGUGCCCGCAGCUCGACCAAUUCGUCGCCUCCGUUACCAGACAGCAGUUUCAGACCUCUCCCGUCUCCAGCCCCGCCACCAUCCGCCUUUUCUUCCAUGAUUGCUUCGUCGGGGUAAGCAGGACGACCCUCCUCCUUGAGCUUCUGGGCUAUCAUUAAAUCUGUCGCCGUUUGGGGACAUGCAGGGUUGUGAUGGGUCGAUACUCAUAGCGCCAGGUCCUCGAGGUUCUCCACCGGUGGAGAGGGACAUGCCAGAAAAUAGGAACCUGGGGCCGGAGGGCUUCGAGACGAUCAACCAGGCCAAGGCGCUGGUGGAGAGCAAGUGUCCGGGCGUGGUCUCUUGCGCCGAUAUCCUCGCCAUUGCAGCCAGGGAUUUCGUUCAUCUGGUAUGCUCUCACUUAAUAUAAUGAAGUAAACCUAGACGUCCUCGUACGUUACACAUCUAAUUACCCAUUUUCACCAUUUUUUCACCGAAAGUUUCCAAAUAAUACACUAAUAUACCUAUUGAACCAUAUUUUCGUUCAAAAAGACCAUAAAUGUCAUUUCGGUAUCACUUUCUCCCCAAAAGCCCCACCCUAAAUAACACACCAAUUCCAAGUACAUGGAGUUGCAUAAUCAAUACAAAUUAGACAGAUAUUUCUUUGGAUCGUCAUCUUGUACAAUUUCGAUCCAUCUCUGGGCUCUCUCGUCUUGUUUUCCAACUCUCUACCCUCCCAGGAAGCUUCCUCAGUGUCACCUUUCUCACGAAACCUCGUUCGCUAGGUUAAUCUCUCAUCACCAUGAUCAGGCCGCAUGAACGGUCGGGAAAUCUUAUCUUUCCUCAGAGUCAAAGCCGGCAGCAUCCCUGACAGGCCUGCCAUCGUUCGUUGCCUUGUGUAUUACUUACUGUUGGUCUGCACGACCUUGCUUAAACUCGUCGGGAUUCCAAACCACCACAUUUAAAUACGGAGGAAAGGGUUCCGUUUUGUAAGCUUAUGUUUUCUCUUUGUUGACUUCACGUGAGUCUUUAAUUUGGCCAGCGUCUGGACAUGGUUGUCACGGUGGAUCCCUGCAGGUAUCAAGUAGGUUGUGGGGUAGACUGGUCCUCUGUUAGGAGACUCCAUUUCUAUGUAACGGCAGUUACGAUAGAUUUUAAAUAAAAAAAAAAUGAACUAUUGUAAAAUACGGCAAUACAAGUUGAAUCAAUGAACAUAGGUCUGUUUAUUCAGAAAAAUCAAUGAAAAAUAUCAUCGAAUGGUGUAAUAAUUGAAAUAAUCUUUACUGAAGUUGGCUAGAAGUAUUUAAUUAUAAAUAAUAUGUGAAAACAUGUCUCCGCAUUGUUGAUGAGGAAAUCCUGAUUUGCACGUGAAUGGGCUGUUUUGUCGCCACACUACGAAUGCAGGCGGGGGGGCCCUACUAUGCCGUGAAGAAGGGGAGAAGGGACAGCAGAGUCUCCCAGGCAGCCUGGGUGAAGUUCAACCUACCCCGCUCCAACUCCACCAUGGACGAACUCAUCGGUCUCUUCGCCAAGAAGGGGCUGAGCCAGGAGGACCUGGUGGCGCUCUCCGGCGCCCACACCAUCGGCUUCUCCCAUUGCCACCAUUUCCUCGGCCGGCUCUACGACUUCCAGGGCACCAGGCGGCCCGACCCGGCCAUCAAUCCGAGGCUCCUCAAAGCCCUCCAGAUGUCCUGCCCGCCCUACGGCGGCAACACUGACGUCGUCGCACCGUUCGACGUGCAGACGCCGUUCUCGUUCGACCACGCGUACUAUGGCAACUUGCAGUCCCAGAUGGGGUUGCUGUUGACGGACCAGGCGCUGUUCCUGGACCCGCGGACAAGACCCGUCGUGCAGACUUUGGCCAAGGACAAGGCCAAGUUCUUCGCGUCCUUUGCGGCGGGGAUGGACAAGAUGGGCUCGUUCGGAGUGAAGAAGGGGAGGAGGGGGGAGCAUAGAAUGGAUUGCACUAGGCACUCUGUGUAG